AUGGGCAGCAAUAGCAGCAAAAGCGUUGAGACGUCACACGACAAGCAGCAAACUCCAGAACAUGUUGUCUCUAUUAAGCAUGAAGUGAUUGGUAUCGUACUGGAUGGACUGAUGCUUUACACAAUGUACCAAACAUCCAAGUACCUAUACAAGCAAUUAAAACCUAUGAUGGAUGACUGGACGAAGGGACAGGAUAGUCAAGCCAAGCUUAAAAAUCGACUGCAGCGUACGGGUCGCCGUGUAUUUCAUACCAAUUACUUUGAGAAUGUCAUUGCUGGUGAUAUCGUGGAUCCACAAGACAUUGACGUAUCGUUCGAUGACAUUGGUGGCUUAGAGCGUCAGAAACGUGAUAUUCACGACCUGGUGGUGUUGCCGCUCAAGAAUCCAGAGUUUUUUGCAUCACGUGGGAAACUGCUCACAGUUCCCAAAGGUAUCUUGCUCUACGGAAAACCUGGCACAGGCAAAACCAUGUUGGCAAAGGCCAUCGCCAAGGAAUCUGGCGCAUUCUUUAUCAAUCUGAAGAUCAGUACCAUUAUGAGCAAGUGGUUUGGCGAAUCGCAGAAGCUUGUGAGCGCCGCCUUUACACUCGCUCGGAAACUGGCACCAUGCAUCAUUUUUAUUGAUGAGGUUGAUUCUUUCAUGGGGAUACGAGGCAGCGGGUCUGACCCGACGUUCUCGUCAAUGAAAACGGAAUUCCUGGCGCUCUGGGAUGGUUUCACUGAAAUGAGCAACGAGAAUGAUGGUGGUUUUGGUGUCAUUGUCAUGGGUGCGACAAACCGUCCUGGUGACGUGGAUCCAGCCUUCCUCCGCCGAAUGCCUCGCACGUUUGAAAUUGGACUGCCCAGCCAACCACAGCGUGAGAAGAUACUCCGGCUUCAGCUCAAAACGGAGCGAGUGGACGAUGAUUUCGAUUUCGAUCAGCUCGCCAUCGACACCGCGUACUAUAGUGGUAGUGACCUUAAGGAAUUGUGUCGCGCCGCCUUGAUGAUUCCGCUUCGAGAGCAUAUUGACAAUUGCCGUGCGGCAGCAGAAGAAGCUGCAAAGAAUCGAGCUGCUGAAGGCGAGAAGCCCCAAAUCUACGAUGAAGCUGCUCAGCCCGAGCCCCCCACAAUGCGUCCACUGUCGAUGGUUGAUUUUAACGAAGCAAGAAAUAUGGUGCAACCAACUGGGGCGACAGCAUAUGCGUACGAAAAUGAGCAGAACGAGAAACCUUCUCGGCAAGCGUCCACCGGUCCUGCAAUGUCCAUCGACACGGACAUGUUUGCGACAAUUAUGGCUGCAGGUCUGCAAAACUGGAUGCAGCAGAGCCGCAACACCGCACCGACUUACCAGUAA